AUGGAAGAUCUUUACUUAGAACUGAACUCUCUUCUUCCUCAAACUUCUAGGGAGCUACCUCUACCUGAUCAGCUAGAUGAAGCUGCAAACUACAUCAAGGAGCUACAAGUGAGCGUGGAGAAAAAUAGAGAAAGGAAGAGGAAGCUUGUUACGACUGCAGCUUUGGAAAAAUUGAAUUCCACAGGAUCUUCAUCCAUGUCCUCGAGUGUUGAUGUCUCCGUGCCUAAACGGUUGCCAAGGAUCGAGAUUCAAGAAACCGGUCCGAUUUUUCACAUCUCCCUUGUGACAAGCUUGGAACAUAAGUUUAUGUUCCAUGAGAUCAUUCGUGUUCUCACUGAGGAAUUAGGAGCUGGGCUCACUCAUGCUGGAUACUCAAUUGUUGAUGAUGCCGUCUUCCACAUUUUUGAUUGCAAGGUGGAAGAUUGUGAUUUUGGAGCUACGAGUAGAAUUUCUGAGAAUCUCAAGAAACUUGUGAACAGUGUCAACUAA